AUGGAACUAUGGUAUUGCAAGAAAUUUGAUUAUGUGUCCCACCAACAAUGUGGGAAGCUAGAUAAGGAGAGUUCUUUCUUGAGAAAAUGUUCUCCAGAAAUCGCUUCAAUGGACAACAUGGAGCAGGAGUUUCUCCUAAAGGUGGCGCAAAAUCAAAAACUCAUCCACCUAAAAAGAGAGCUCCAAAUCCCAAAGUAGCACUGGUUAUUCGUGGCAAAAUUCAUCGUCUUUUGCAAGGGUCUACAGACCACCAUGUCCCCGACUCACACCUCUAUUAUCCAGGCACUAGACAGGAGGAGGAGGCUGAGGCAUCUGACAAUCGAAAAGAGCUAAAAAACAUAUAUCCGAAGGUUACCCCAAGGGCUGAAGUCUUAUCCCCAAAAGGUUCAAUCAUUAAAAGGCAUGUAGUUGUGUCAGGCCCACCAUGUGUAGGAGAAGUGGAGCUGAACAGAGAGGGUUGCUUAAGAAUUCCUUGCACUUUACAACAUAAAAGCUCCAGGUCCCAGGGAAAUCAAAAACGAAUAUCCUUCGAGAGUGGUCUUCGAGAACCUCCGGAGCACAUCCAAACAAUCCCACUUUACACUCCAGACAGCCCAGACAUGAAUGGGACAAAGUUUGUAUCAGGAACCCGUGAGUUUGCUUCACCUCAUAUUCGGCCCAAAAGACCAUAUUCUGCUGGAGACUGUGUGGACCUCAACUUCAACAGAGCUCUACCAAAUACACUUCUGGAAGAGGAUGAAGCUAAAGAAGAGGCGUCAAGUGCAAUCAUUGAUCAUAUUCUGAAGGAGCUAAGGGGUAUUAACAAGAUCCAAGAGGAAAUCUCAGACCUCAGGGAUUACUUGAGCUCCGUGCGAGGCUCAGUUGAGGAGGUAUCCUCAUGCGUAGAUGCAGUGUUACAGGAAAUUGAAGGCAUUCGUUCCAGCAACAAAGGUGGUUCAGGUACAUGGUCGGGAAGCAAAGAUGGACCAUCCACACGUAGAAGGCCUGUCAGUGCUUAUGGUAGUUUAGGUAGCCCAGUACCAAAGUCAGAUCUUGACUAUUUUCAGCCAAGUUAUGAGCACCAAAAUAUACAUGAGGUACUACUGCUAAAAAGGCUAGAAGGGUCUAGGGUGUCCCAAACAGCAGAUCAUCAGGAACUGGAGGAACCUGAUGAUACUUCUGAACAUAGUUCAGAUAUACCAGAGGGUGCAACAGCAAGGAAUCUUAGCCUGAAUUUACUUGAACAUAUGGAUGGCCAAGACUUUCCAAGCACUAGCUCUUUGUCCUCUGGUCAUAGUUCUAAGUCUGAAUAUGACCUAGAAAGACAAUUAUCUAGUCAUGACGGAAAGAAGCAAAGAGUUGGUGAUAAGGAGGAAUGGACUAGCACUAUGCCCCCACACAGUGUUAGUAGGGAGUCUAGGUGGCAUAAGGACAGCACCUACCUCAGGGAUAAGGGUGUAGAGGAGAAUGACAGCAAGAGUUCUCACUGUUGUGAAGGAGCUGGAAACUGGGAUCAUUACAAAGGAGCAGGAGGAUAUGGUGCUUCAUUACAGUCAUCCACAGGAAGCUCAGACCAUCUCUGUAUUAGCUCUGGAAAGCAUUACGACUCACUUACCAGCACUUUGAGGAAGGAACGGCAGUCUUGGUUGAGACGACCUCAUAGUCAAUCCAGGAUUCAUGAUCUAACUGUUAGCAGCAUUGGAAACUCCUCUAUCGGAUAUGACUAUUCUGCUGAUUUGUCCUACCCUCAAAGUUCAGGUUACCAUUCGAUUGAGGUACAUGAUGGGGAAACAGAGGAACUUGAGUUUGAUCAAACAAACGACCUGACCUUCACAACAAACAGUGAAACCGAAACCUGUUUAGCCUAUGAAGAGACGUCUGCUGUGACCUGGACAAAGAACCCCUCAGGUAUCUCAAGAGAUAGUGUUCUCAGAUCUUACAGUAGUCAAAGCUGGGAAAACCGACUCUCUGAUCCUGGUAAGGCAGAUGUCCAAACUGGCGGUUUAACUGUCAAACGCAUAGGACGAGCUGUACUUGAUUUCAGGUCUGCGUUGCGGGGUGCAUUGCGCAAACUUGAAGGACCUGUAGGAGUAAAUCCUGGAGACCAGCCAGACUUUGAAUUAUCGUUGCCUUCUGACUUGCCCACAACGGAAAUGCCUUCAAAGCCAUUAUCCUACGAGGAACAUAUUGAACAAACCUCGAAUCAUUUUCACGAAGGUGAUGUUAGUUCUGCUCAUGCUUUUGCAGAUCUGUUCAAAAACAGUAGUAUUGAAAUGUCUAAUAAUUUUUCAGUGGAGCCUGUAGUCGCAAAAACCAGCAAAGGUCUUGCAAUGGAGUCCUUAGAGACUUGCCAAAAUCAUCCUUAUUGGAACAAGAUCUCCACAUGCUCUGAUGAACCUUCUGUCAGGCCUGACAAUUUUGCCAGUAGUAUUGAAAUACCCGUUGGUCUAAUAGAGUUACCUGGUGAGAGCAUAGCUGAGAAAAUGUCAAAAGGCCCUGCAGAUGUCACGGAUAAAGAACAGCUUUCCCAAUACACCACUGCAGAAUCCUUGUCAGCCUCAAUUCAGGCUGAUGAACUGGAGGAAACCAUUCCCACAGAGGUACCACAGCAGCCCACCACUGACAGUACUGGAAGCUUGGAGGUCAAACCUGAGGGAGAUGCAGCAGAGUCAUCAGCCGAGAUGACACAAAUCGAUGAACGCAAGCUGAAGUGUCUGAGGAGCUUUCAGCAGAUUCUGCGAGAAAAGAGGGAGACUAGGUGCAACCUUGUCAGUAUGACUAUGUCCACCUUCUCCCAAGAGGACAUGGAACAAGAUGGAAGUCAAGUUGGAGAUCAGAGCCAAGAGCAAGAUGGUGACCCAAGCAAGCACCCAUGGGCCAAGCCAGGGGCAAACACACCAUUUGGCAUUGACAGCAUGCCAGACCUACGCAAGAGGAAGCCUAUUCCUCUUGUUAGUGAACUGGCUAUGUCUAUGAUACAGUCCAGGAAAGCCGGACUCACCCACGCUCUGGCCACUCGGACCUCCCUAAAAGAUGAAGAGCUUAAAAACCAUGUAUACAAGAAGACUUUGCAGGCUCUGAUCUACCCCAUCUCCUGCACCACACCACACAAUUUCGAGGUGUGGACGGCCACUACACCUACCUACUGCUAUGAGUGUGAAGGUCUGCUGUGGGGCAUUGCUCGGCAGGGCAUGCGCUGCACCGAGUGUGGUGUCAAAGUUCACGAGAAAUGCCAGGAACUGCUGAACGCUGACUGUCUGCAGAGAGCAGCGGAGAAAAGUUCCAAGACAGGUGCAGAAGAUCGGACACAGCACAUCAUCAUGGCUAUGAAAGACCGGAUGAAGAUCCGCGAAAGAAACAAGCCGGAGAUCUUUGAGGAAAUCCGGAAAGUGUUCGUUAUUUCUAAGUUGCUCCACAGUCAGCACAUGAAGAACAUCAAGCAGAGCGUACUGGGCGGCACCUCCAAAUGGUCUGCCAAGGUUACUAUCACAGUGGUUAGCGCACAGGGUCUCCAGGCCAAGGACAGGACCGGCUCUAGUGAUCCAUAUGUCACCAUCCAGGUGGGAAAGACCAAGAAGAGAACAAAGACAAUUUACGGGAACCUGAACCCGGUUUGGGAGGAAAAGUUCAGCUUCCAGUGCCAUAAUUCAUCAGACCGGAUCAAACUCCGAGUUUGGGACGAAGACGAUGACAUCAAGUCGCGAGUGAAGCAACGACUAAAGAGAGAGUCUGAUGACUUCCUGGGUCAGACGAUCAUCGAGGUCCGAACACUGAGCGGGGAGAUGGACGUCUGGUACAACCUGGAAAAGAGAACUGACAAGUCGGCAGUGUCUGGAGCCAUCCGUCUUCAGAUCAGUGUGGAGAUUGAAGGAGAGGAGAAGGUUGCUCCGUACCAUGUGCAGUACACGUGCCUUCAUGAGAACAUGUUUCACUUCUCAACGGAUAUUGAGGGAGGCGGAAUGGUUAAGAUCCCGGCAGCUAACGGAGAUGACGCGUGGAAGGUCUACUUCGAUGAAAUUCAGCAGGAAAUCGUUGAUGAGUUCGCCAUGCGUUAUGGUGUCGAGUCCAUCUACCAGGCCAUGACCCAUUUUUCCUGCCUAUCAUCUAAGUACAUGCUGUCAGGAGUGCCAGCAGUGAUGAGCACCCUGCUGGCCAACAUCAAUGCCUUCUACGCCCACCCCACUGCCUCCACAAAUGUCUCCGCUCCGGCCAGAUUUGCUGCUUCCAACUUUGGGAGGGAUCGUUUUGUGAAGCUCCUGGAUCAGCUGCACAACUCUUUAAGAAUCGACCUCUCCAUGUACAGAAAUAACUUCCCAGCCAGCAACAAGGCCCGUCUCAACGACCUGAAAUCGACGGUAGAUCUUCUCACCAGCAUCACCUUCUUCAGGAUGAAGGUGUUGGAGCUGCCGAGUCCGCCCAGAGCGGCCAAUGUGGUCCGUGAUUGCGUCAAAGCCUGUCUGAACUCUACCUACGAGUACAUCUUCAACAAUUGUCUGGAGCUGUUCAACCGCCAGUUUCAACCUGCAGUCCAAGAACCUGAGCAGAAGAAGAAGAAAAAGAAGGAAAAAGCUGAGGAUUGUGAAGAGGAAGAAGAAGGGGAGGAAGAUGAUGAAGAAGAAGAGGAAGAGGAGAGAAAAGAGGAGAGUCAACCAGAAGAGCAAGGCCCAAGCAUCCAGAAUCUGGACUUUUGGCCUAAACUCAUCACGCUCAUUGUGUCCAUCAUCGAGGAAGACAAGAACUCAUACACACCCGUCAUUAACCAAUUUCCUCAGGAACUAAAUGUGGGUAAAGUCAGCGCUGAAGUCAUGUGGACUCUCUUUGCUCAGGACAUGAAAUAUGCUCUGGAGGAGCAUGAGAAGCAAAGGCUCUGUAAAUCUGCCGACUACAUGAACCUUCACUUCAAAGUCAAGUGGCUAUACAACGAGUAUGUGAAGGAGCUGCCAACGUUUACAGAUGCUGUGCCUGAAUACCCGGCGUGGUUCCUCCAGUUUGUGCUGGCCUGGCUGGGUGAGAACGAGGAGGUGUCGAUGGAGUUCAUGUCUGGAGCUCUGGAGAGAGACAAAAGGGAAGGGUUCCAACAGACGUCUGAGCACGUUCUGUUCUCCAGUUCGGUGGUGGACAUCUUCACUCAGCUCAACCAGAGCUUUGAGAUCAUCAAGAAACUGGACUGUCCCGAUCCCACAGUGGUGGCCCAUUACAACAGACGCUUCGCCAAGACAAUCACCAAAGUUCUGCUGCAGUACUGUGCGGUGCUUGCCAAGAGCUUCCCAUCCUACUGUGAGAAGGAGAAGACACCCUGUGUGCUGAUGAACAACAUACAGCAGAUGAGGGUCUUGUUGGAGAAGAUGUUUGAGUCAAUGGGAGCUAAACAGUUUACUGCUGAUGAGGAAAGGCUUGAGAAUGAGGAAGAACCUGAUGAGUGUGAUGAAGAGGCCAUUACUGAUGAUGGAGAUGAUGGCAGGUCAGAAGAUACCAAGUCUGGCUGCUCAGACUCUGAGGGAUCUGAGGUUGACAACAAAGAGAAGGAGAAGGACAACUCCUCAGCUUAUGAUGAGAGCGAGGAGGAGCAGGAGAAGCUUGAUGAGGAGAAGUCUGAGUGCAAAAAGGAAAAGGCUGAAAAGAAGGACGAAGAGAAGCAGGAGGAGUCUAAUACCAAAGAGUCAAACGAAGAAGUCAACAAGACUGAAGCCACUGCUGUGGUCACACAGAAGCUGGAUACUGAGGCCGCCAACAUCCUCAAUGACCUGCAGGUGAAGCUCAGUACUGUCCUAGACAACUUCAGCGCUGUGUUUGCCAAAAGUUUCCAGAACCGUAUAAACAGCUGCAUGCGGCAGAUGGCGGAGAUCCUCUACCAGAUGAAAGGCCCACCCAACCACAACACUGCAGAGGCAGAAGCCGACACCACACUGAGGCCCCUAAUGGAGUUCCUGGAUGGAAACCUCAGCAUAUUUGCUGACAUCUGUGAGAAAACUGUGCUGAAGAGGAUCCUAAAAGAUCUGUGGAAGAUUGUCCUAAGCAGCCUGGAGAGGACUGUCGUCCUGCCCCAAAGCAACGACAGCCUGGGAGCUCAACUCCUCACAGCAGCAAAAGGACUCUCUAAUCUCAAGGGAGGAGCUGAAGCCAAAACUCUAACACCUAAACAGUGUAUAAUUAUUGAUGCAGGGCUAGAGACAAUCAAGCAAUACUUUCAUGCUGGAGGAAACGGGCUGAAGAAAGUAUUUGUUGAGAAAAGUCCUGAGCUAGCUUCAAUGCGUUACGCCCUCUCACUGUACACCCAGAGCACCGAUGCGUUGAUCAAAACCUUCGUCACAACACAACACUCCCAAGUGCACGAUGGGAUUGGCAUCAGAAUCACCGGCAAUGAGAAGAUUAAGCCUGACAGGGGCUCAGGGGUGGAGAAGCCAAUCGGAGAGGCUGUGCUGCAGAUCGACAUGCUGCUCGGGAAGGAACGCAAGAUCAACGUCAGGGUAAUUGCAGUGAACGACAUAAAGUGGCAGACAUCUGGGAUGUUUCGGCCGUUUGUUGAGGUCUCCAUGGUGGGUCCCUUUUUGGCCGAUAAGAAGCGCAAGUUCACCACAAAAUCUAAGAACAACAGCUGGACCGCAAAGUUCAACGAGACCUUCCAGUUUGUCCUGGGUAAGGAGUCCCCAGACUGCUAUGAGCUCCAGGCAACAGUGAAGGAUUACUGCUUCGGCCGGGCAGACCGACUGGUCGGCGUGGCUGUGGUCCAGCUGAGAGACAUGGCCGACAGAAAAAGCUGCGUGUGCUGGUGUCCUCUUGGCCCGCGCAUCCAAACCGACGAGACGGGCUUGACGGUGAUGCGUAUCCUGUCCCAGCGGCCGGCUGACGAGGUGGCCAAGGAGUUUGUGAAGCUGAAGUCUGAAACUCGCCCUGCAGAGGAGGGCAGAUGAGAAGAGGUUCUGACUCAGGGCUGAAUGUUCCUAAAAUGGAGAAAAUGUUGAUGACCAAAGUCAUCUUUAUCCUCAGUUAAUAGACUCCCCAUGUGAGUUACUGAUUGUAUAUGGCACCGAGGAGAAAUACAGCUUACUGCUUAUGAAAUAUAAAUUAAAGGUGUGUUUUAGAAGAUGAUGUUUCAAAAUGUUAGACAGUUGAUCUGGAUAAAAUCAAUCUGGUCGUAAAAUCCUUCUACAAAUAAUGGAUUUGUGUCCCCUAGCAGUAGGAGCUAAUUACAAAGAAUGCUUGUAAGGGGUAAAUUAUCUGAACAGCAGGUCUGUUUAUGAAAAGGUAACUUUGACUACUUGAGGCCUUAAGACUCCUCAUAAAAAUCUUGUGUGCCAUCAGUAACACCAUUUAUUCUGGCUCUGAACUCUAACAUAUGAGGAGGGAAUCAUAGAAACUCAUCUUAAAGUGGUCUUCAAAUUUAGUAGCAAAUGACUUCUUAUUUCCCCUACUGGGCUUGAUUUUAUGUGAAUCAGACCUUUUAUAACGUAGAAGCACCAAUCAACAUUCGUAGCACCAGAUGUGUCUUAAGGAAAGUAAAUUUAUUAAUUCAGUUUGCCGGACCGAAGCAUAUCCCAAGAAGAAAUGAGUAAUCUCUAAUUGUUAUUGCUUUUAAACAUUGAAUCGCUGGUGAUUGAUGGUGCAAAAUCACAUGGGCAUAGAAUGUUAUAGCAAGUUCUCAAAGCCUUAAACAGAGAGAUUUAGCUGCCAAAAGAAGCUUGGUUCGGUUUUUAAUCGGUUAAUCGGUUGAUCAGGAAACUGGUAUCUAUUUUAUUUAGAAACAAAGCUGUGUUGACCCACCAUUGACUGAGACCUUCAAUUUUAGCUUCUCCUCUUUAUUUUUCAUUUUUUAACAGUUACACCAGAAUCAAAACCACCAAACGUACCCGAAGACGUGAAUCAGAUAUUCCUUUUUUCACUACAUUUAUAGAUUUUACAAGCUGAAUAAGAACAAUUCAGGUGUCGCAACUUUGCCAUGCAUUCAUGCGGUCUUGCUCCUUGCAAACAUUUUCCAGUACCCGCAGCAACCUGCAGCAUUGGCCAAACCGACUGAGGUACAUCAGCUAGAUCUGCGCUCUUGUGUGCUGACUACGUGCCAAGGAAGGCAAGUGUUCAGCAAGUCACAUACUGUGUGUUUUAGGUUGCUUUCAGAGACAAAUGUGGCCUUUCUAGAAAUCCCAUAUUUUGAUGCUGGUUUUCCAAAACCCACCUAUCGACAACCUUUAUUAAACUGAACAAAGAGUCUGCAGUGAGUUGAAGACCAAGGUGGGAUCUUGUGCAUCGGCCACAUCUGGAGUGACAGCUGAACACUUGCACUCUGCUUAGAACAAAAUUGUAAAAAUAUAAAACGCUAUGACUAGAGCAUGUAUUUAUUGUACACAAAAUCUACUAGAUUUGUGAUUUUUUUUAUUUUUAUGUAUGUACUGUGAAAUUGAGUAAAUGUAAUUAUAAAUAUCCUAAUGUGACAUAUGUUGAAUAUACUUGUAACAACAUUUUGUACAUAAAAUAUUUAUGAAUCAGAACAA